GGUCGAGCUUUAUUUUGACACCGGAAAGAGGAACGUGCUGGGAUCUUAGUUUGUCUCGCUUGACGCUGGGCACUAAAAAAAACAGUAGGAUGUAGCGGUACAUGUAUCGGGCUUCGCUCCACAUCAAUCCGGCCAUCAGAAGUCCCUCUCUGCUUUAAUGUCGACGCGGUGAGCCGGGUCUGGGGGAUGGGUGUUGGAAGGACCGUGAGCAGCGACGACUAACGUUUGACAAAAUGUCCAACAUCCUCGAUGCGGCGGCCAAAGUGAAAUGGGACCGCACGGCCGCGGCCAAGCGAGCCGUGUUUCUCGCGGCUGCCGCUUACGGUGUCAAAACGCUGUACCCCAUCAUCUGCAAGCAGCUCUGCAGAAACAAAGAUCCCGACGGCAGCCACCGGGGCUCCAAGGCGGAGAACGGCUCCACUUGCUCGGGGAAAGGUCCCGCCGACGCCGCGGUGUACAAGAAGACGUCCCCCGGGGUGAACGCUGAAUUUUUCAAGCAGAUCCUGGAACUUGGUAAAAUCCUCUUUCCCAAGCUCGUUUCCAAAGAGCUCGGUUUGCUCUCCUUGCACUCGGUGGCGCUGAUAUCCAGGACGUUUCUGUCUAUUUACGUGGCCAGCUUGGACGGGAAGAUUGUGAAGACGAUCGUGGAGAAGAAGCCCAAACGCUUCAUCAUCCAGCUGGUCAAAUGGCUCCUCAUUGCCAUCCCGGCCACGUUCGUCAACAGCGCCAUCCGGUACCUGGAGUGCAAGCUGGCUCUGGCCUUCCGCACCCGGCUGGUGAACCACGCAUACCGGACCUACUUCACCGACCAGACCUACUACAGAGUCAGCAACAUGGACGGGAGGCUCGCCAACCCGGACCAGUCGCUCACCGAGGACGUGAUGAUGUUUUCCCAGUCGGUGGCCCACCUCUACUCCAACCUCACCAAGCCCAUCCUGGACGUGAUGCUGACCUCCUACACCCUGAUCCAGACGGCCAGAUCCCGGGGAGCCAACGCCACCGGGCCGACCCUGCUGGCCGGGCUGGUGGUGUUCGCCACGGCGAAGGUCCUGCGUGCAUGUUCGCCCAAGUUCGGCAAACUGGUCGCCGAGGAGGCGCACAGGAAGGGCUACCUGCGCUACGUGCACUCCAGGAUCAUCGCUAAUGCUGAGGAAAUAGCUUUCUACAGAGGACACAAGGUGGAGAUGUGUCAGCUGCAGAAGUGCUACCGGGCGCUGGCGGAGCAGAUGAACCUGAUCCUGUCCAAGCGCCUCUGGUACAUCAUGAUCGAGCAGUUCCUCAUGAAGUACGUGUGGAGCGGCAGCGGCCUCGUCAUGGUCGCCGUGCCCAUCAUCACGGCCACCGGCUUCGCUGACAACGAAACAGCCGACGGACAGACGCAGGUGAUGGUGAGCGAGAGGACGGAGGCGUUCACGACCGCCCGAAACCUCCUGGCCUCCGGAGCCGACGCCAUCGAGAGGAUCAUGUCCUCCUACAAAGAGGUCACAGAGCUCGCCGGCUACACUGCAAGAGUCCACAACAUGUUUGUGGUGUUCGAGGACGUCCAGAAGGGUGUUUACAAGCGCUCGUCUCUGUCGGCCACUACAGGAACAGAGAAGAAGAGCAAGCCGGAGAUGCACAUAGAUGGACCGCUGGAGAUAAAGGGUGAAGUUAUUGACGUGGACAAAGGCAUCGUGUGCGAGAACGUCCCGAUCAUCACGCCCAACGGAGACGUCGUCGUGUCUUGCUUGAACUUCGAGGUGGAAGAGGGCAUGCACCUCCUCAUCACGGGGCCUAAUGGAUGCGGGAAGAGCUCUUUAUUCAGGAUCCUCAGCGGCUUGUGGCCCGUCUACGGCGGCCGGCUGCACAAACCCUCUCCCCAGCACAUGUUCUACAUCCCUCAGAGGCCGUACAUGUCGAUGGGCUCGCUGCGGGACCAGGUCAUCUACCCCGACUCGGUGGAGGACAUGGCAGCCAGAGGCCUGAGUGACAAGGACCUGGAGGCCAUUCUGGACAUCGUCAACCUUAACCACAUUGUCACCAGAGAAGGAGGCUGGGACACCGAGCUGGACUGGAAGGAUGUGCUGUCAGGAGGCGAGAAGCAGAGGAUGGGCAUGGCUCGCAUGUUCUACCACAAGCCUAAAUAUGCUCUGCUGGAUGAGUGCACCAGCGCCGUGAGCAUCGACGUGGAGGGAAAGAUUUUCCAGGCUGCCAAGGAUGCCGGCAUCUCGCUGCUCUCCAUCACGCACCGACCCUCCCUGUGGAAGUACCACACCCACCUGCUGCAGUUCGACGGCGAGGGAGGCUGGCGCUUCGAGCAGCUGGACACGGCGACGCGACUCUCCCUCACCGAGGAGAAGCAGCGUCUGGAGGCCCAGCUGGCCGGCAUUCCCGAGAUGCAGCAUCGCCUCAACGAGCUCUGCAAGAUCCUUGGAGACGACUCGGUCCUCAGAACAGCUGAGGAGUGAGACGGGGAGGGGGAAAGAAAGAGGCCCGGUGUGGGGGGAAACGAAGAGAAGAAGUAGGGGAGGAGGAGAAGAAGAAGAGAGUGUGAGAGAGGCAAUGAAAGAAAAAGAAACCUGGUUUGUUAGCAUUGUUUUCAGACUUAGAUUUUUUUUUUCUCGCUUGUUUAGAUUUUCCUCUUUUUGCUCCGAGCCUCUCUUGUCAAAGCUCUCAAUGCCCGCUUGUGUCCGAGCUCCCUCCUUUCUCUCCUGUCUCUUCUUUUCAGUCUUUUCCUUCAGCCCUGAGAAGCAGAGGAGGGGGAGAGCGAAGGGCAUUCACGAGCGCUACUCCCCCUCGUAACGCACACCGACUGCACAGUCAGUCGCAGAUUUUUUAAAAAUGUGUCGCUUUCUAGCGGACGUGAUUUGGCACCAUCGAUCUCGCCGCCGUUCCAAAGCGGGCAGAAGCGAUGAAUUCAAAUUAACCGAGAUAAUGAAUUUGUUUGCGAUAAGGCAGGUUUAUAGCACUUUACUCUGCUUUUAGAGGGCUGUUUCUGCUUUUUUAUUUUGUGGUGAAAUAAUUUAGCUGGAAAUCUUUUUUUUUUUUUUUAAUGAUAGAACCACUUUCAUGUCCAAAGCAGUAUUCCAGACCCGGUACAACUGGGCUCUGCAGGAUCCACGUUUGUUUUUACCUCCUUAAUUUAGCAGUAGGUUUUUACUGAUGCGACCUCUUGGUGUCGGGAGGUCAAAAGAGACUAUUUUUCAUAAUGUCAAAAUAUGCCUUUGUUUAGUUUGUGUGUGUAUAUAGCCACAGUACAAUCCCUUUCCUUAUACCUCAUGUUGUUAUUUCCGACCCCCUGAAACCACUGAUACAGGCGCAGAUGCAGACUCUGUCGGGUCUAUUAUUAGAACGAUUAGUGACGCAGGUCUGACUCCUAAACUAUAGGCUUCUGGUUAAUUGAACAAACACAAUGAGCUGGAGAGGUCCUCUUCAAGGGCGAGCUGACGCCGCCGGGAGUCUGGUCUUUCGGCGAGCAGUCACACGUAUACGCUCUGAUCAGGUAGCCGCUCGGACAACGUGCACACGCCGGACACCUGCAUUGACUCGUCGGCAGUGCGGGUUCUUUUGAGUUGGGUUUAGUUGCAGGUUGAUGGUUCUUGGACAGUAAGUUGAUAUGCUGGGCUAAUCGUUGAAAGGAGAUUUCUUAUACAUCUGACCUACUUUUAAAUUCUUUCGUUCUGCAGUGCAAUCCAAUGUGAUGAAGUGUGUGUUUACAUGCGCUAAAUGUUAUGUUACGGUACUGUACGUGGAGCCUUGUUGGGCUGCGACCUAUUUGGCUUGAUUACGAUGCGGCAUAUAACUCAAUCAGCCACAACAUUAAACCACUUGGUUAAGUUUCUCCCCUUUUAUAGCUCAAAUUAUUCUGACCUUCAUUCAUGGAAGUUGUUUUGGUGCAUCAGGCGGAUGCUACGUCAACACCUUGGGCUCUUGGUUGUGUUCCUCGAGUACUUCCUGAGCAGUUUGUACGGUGGAUGCAUUGUCCUGCUGGGGCUUGUACUCGGUCUGCAACAAUGGCUGCAUUCCAAAUCACACGCUUUGUCUUUUUGCUUUAAAGUAAAAAGAAGCUUUACCACAGCUGCCCUCACAGAGUACUUCUCGUUGAAUGCCGUACGUAUGCAGUUGGGACACAUGACUACGUCAUAAUGUUGCGCCUUCCUCGUAUGUCCGCCGCAGACUGUAGUGCAACACGAGUCAUUUGUCUGUACUCUCAGGGCCUCGAGCUUGUUUAUACUCGCCGGACACGUGAAAAAAAAUUGUGACAUAACCGCCGCACAGAGGAUUGUGGGUCAGAGUGGCCGGAAAAAGCCUGCCGGCUCACGUGCUCCAAAAUCUGACCGAAUGUCGUCAGACAUCUGGGUAUUUUUAACAAACUACAUUUGGCGUACUCUCUAGCGGGACUUACUGGGUCAUCAUCUGGCACACUUUGUAGUUUGAUGGUAUGGUGUGCACAUGUCGAAGUAACAUCGACGUGAACGCCAGGAGCCGAGGGUUCCCAGCAGAACAGUGCGAUGCAACGAGAUCGCCAACGUUUUUCACGUGGUUGUAAUGUUGUGGCUGAUUGAUGUAUACACUAGUAGGAAGGUUGUAAGCAUAGACUGUAUAUAAAAGAUGGAUGCAGCACCCAUGGUGUCACCCACUAGAUUAGCCUUGAGUUUAACAUUUUGUUCUUUCGAAACCAGAUGUAAAGAAUAAGCAGUUGAUGAACCCAAGGAUGCUACAUUUAGUGAUACGUUAGCGACCUGUUAAUUACAAGGUAGCCCUGGUCUAAAACAUAACUAUUUUAAACUGAACCAGAUCGUAAUUUUAGUUAGCAUCAUGCUAUAUUCAAAACUAGCAAUAGAGACCAUGCACUAAUAAGAAAAAUGUUUACCCAGGUGUAAAUUUAAGUGAGAAGUACGGUUGUUUUCCGAUCGACUUCACCACAUUUGAACUUCUUUUUGCAAACAGGAGUCGCCCCCUGCUGGCUGCUAGAAAGAAUGCAGGUUUAAGGCACUUCCAGAUUAGCUUCACGUUCCGCACUUAUGUCCAUCUUUUACAUUCAGUCUAUGGUUGUUCGUCAGUUAUAAAUUGCAGACCGUGGAGCUCAUUUUCGGCCUCUUUGACGGCUAACGGCUGGUGUGAUCAUUUUCAAAUUGCUGUUAAAGAUCAGACGUUGUGAUACUGUGAACCUCGUUACCUUGACAUCACUUCGUUCUGAUGUGAAUGCUGUGGUCGCGGCUGCUAAAGGUCUCUUUUUGUGGUUCGAACCUGUGAACACGCUCACUGUGUCCUGCACAAACUAGGCAGAUGUUUUGUUUUUUUCCAUUUCAGACUGAGUUGUAUGGAGAUUUUGGAAUAAUCGACAUUUAAAGGAGACGUUUGUAGGAACGGUAAAUAUGCUGCAACGGUGAAAUUCACACAGGUCCAAUCAGUGUCACUUCCAAGCUUGAGCGACAGGCACGGCGUAGGAAUACCGAGUCAUCUCGCUGGUUGUAAUGCCACUGUUUGGCUAACACGCCUCUGUUUGUUAACGCGCCGCCACGUCGAACGGACAAUCAGGCACAUCAUCAGCAGAACAGAAACAAGUGCUGUAUUUCAAACUAUACUUGUUAUAAUCCUCAGAGAAAAGGCUAAACGAGCUCUGAUCCGAGUUACGUAAGUACACAGGCAUUAUCUGAUUUGUUAGGGGGACUUGUAAUGCAUGUCAAGGGUUAACGCAGUUCCCUCGUUAGCCUGAGCUCAUCCAAGAUGUGUAGGAUGCGACGUCUUUUGCCCCAUUGCAGUUUUUAAACCCCCCCUCCCCCUCCCUCUCUCUUGGCUUUUAGUGGACAGAAAAGAAAGAAAAAAGGACUUCAGAGCAUUUGGAUGCAGCGCUGCUCUGCUCAGGAUGACGGCUGCCAGGUUACUUACGGACAAACUUUUAUCCCCCCUGAAAUGUGACCGGAGAACAAAAAAAAGCGGCUGGCAGCAUUCUCACGUGUCAGUGCAUUCCUUUAAAAUGUAAAGGAGUAAUAGCUAAAAUGAUCUGGACUGCAAAAGACGAGGGGAGGGCAUCGUCGCUGUGGGCCUUCACGGCAGCAUUCAGCGCCGGAGCUUCUGACCCGAAACACAUGGUCUUGUCAGGCCAACUCUGUUGACAGGAGGGCAGACGAGCCGCUGAAUGACACAGAGUCAGCCGAGUGACACUGGAACAUGAGGCCAGCCACAAACAGUGCCUGAUAUUCAUCGGCAUGACAACAGCUCAGUUUAAUAGGGCAGGAAGACAUGAUGGAGGAGAGGAUAAGAAAUGAUGAGGUGCCCCCUUUUUCUUUAUUAGUCUGAUUGCACUCGUGAUUAGAUUUAGUUCUGUUUUAUGAAUUUUCUUCUGGUUUGAGUGGGUGUGGGCUUCUGUGGCCUCCAAUCAUACGCCAAGACUGAGUCUAGCUGAAGCUAAAGCCGACAGUGCUGCUGUUAAAGAGCCCAUAUUUAGCUUUGUUCCUUUAGUUUGUUGUAACUUUUGUGCAUGUAAAAGGUCUGUAAACUUAGAUACGUCACGCAUUUGCAUUAGAGCGUGACAGGAUGGACCCGUAUUAAAUUUAUUUAUAUUGACCAAUUUUGUAUAUAUAGAGGAUAUAUUAAAAAAAAACAUUUAAUCGUAUACAUUUUUUAAAAAGUGUGACAUCACCUGAACUAUAUUUCUGAGCUGGAGCCAAACUAAUUGGCAUUGCAUGUUCUAUUCUAUUUCAUUGUUAUUAACGUAAUAUUCACUAAUGACGAAUUUGUCUUAUAUUUAUGUAUAUCAAAAACAACUUAAGUGAAAUCCAUGCUAAAGCGUUUAAUGUCCAUAACUUGAUUUAAUGGAGCUAGCUGUUGAGCUAGCUGUAAAAUUCCUGCUACAGAUUUACUCGCAUUUCAGUAGAUUCAACGCCAAUCAGAAACUUGUUUUUUCGUACAUAUCAAAAUGACAUUUCAAGCAAAUUAUCGCUGGUAAUGUUUAAUUUUUCACAAAUUCACAGUUUGCCAGGUCAAGUCCAGAAUAGCAGCUGGGCUGUAAACGUUCAGGGAACAUCUUUCUACGUAUCCAGUGGAAACCAGACUUCAAUUUUUAGCUUUUU